CGACGUCAACGACGAUCGCAUCACUUGGCGGUAAUGUCCAUCGCUGGGAAUCGCAACAACUCGACUGCGACCGCCACCAUCACGGCGCUGCCGCUUCUGUCGUCUCUGCAGUCGCCUCCAUCGUCGUGCGGAUACAAGGAUUCGAAGGGGACCAGCAUACUCGUCACUGACCCGGCGAUUUGCCUGGGAUUAACGCCUUGCGAAGUGGCAACAUCGACGUGCACGGUGCUGCGAUCUUUUGCCGCUAAUGUCACUGGGUUCACCAAUAUCACUGCUGUCGGCAACAUGGGCAACUACAAGAACUCGUACCUCGCCAUCACGAAUGCUCCGUCCCUUGACCUUCGUGCAUUUCACGUUUCCGACGCCGUCGAAUACCUGAACAUUGAGAAUAUUGCGACGUUGGACUUGACGCAACUCCCGACACCCUUGCCGUCGACCAUGACGACUCUCCGCAUGGUCAACUGCAACCUGAAGGAAAUCCCUUCCGCAUUUCAAUGGCCCAACAAGCUCAACCGUGUAGGUCUCGACUCGAACCGGUUGACAACACUGCCAUCUUCCCUGCCCGAGAACCUCCAGCUUGUAGCUCUGCGGCACAACCAACUGACCAACUUGACGUGGCUGCCGGCUGGCCUUGGUGGCAUCAAUGUUUUAAAUAACUCGAUCCAGACCUUGUCAGGCGUCGACUGGCGGGACGUGACUUAUGUGGAGUUGGGGCUCAAUCCUCUCACGACGUUUGCUCACGUUCGGUUGUCGGCGGCUCGCCUGACCUACUUUGGCCUGUCGAACUGCCCCCUUACAAACUUGACCGUCGACGCUAGCUCGUUUCGAGCGCUCCGAAACCUGCCGCCAUUUUAUAUCAAUAGCCUCUCCAAAGCCACUGGCUACCGCAUCGUCAACACGUCCCUCGCCACGAACGUGACUGCGUGCCAGAGCCUGAACGGCACCGUUGAGUUUCCGUGGCCGGAUGCAGCCAACUUUUCCGUGUGUGUGGUGCUCAAUGCGCCAUUGUAUCAACGCCUACCAUGGGCUUUGAGCAGCCUGCUGUGGAUUGGGGCGGUCAUGGCGGGGUUGCUGGUGCUGGUCCUGGUGUGGGUCACGCAAAGGACUUCUCAAAGCCGCCGUCGCAAGUGGGGCUACAUUCCCCUGAAAAACGGCGCCAAGAAUCCAUUCAACGCUGUCAAGAUCACUGUGGCACUCCACCCACCCGUUGUCAUGUCCAAGUUGGAGGCACUGCGACCAUUCAAACUCAAACCCUCCGACGUCGUCACCACAUCCAAGUACCCCAUUGCCCAUGGUGUUUUCGGCGAAAUCUGGGGCGGGUUGUACAAGGACACGAAAGUGGCCAUCAAGCGAGUCAAGCAACCGCUGCCGAUGGCCCGCCCCAACGAUACGCCGCUUCCCCCCGGCCCUUCCUCCGUUGACAAGUUCAUCGACGAAGUGCAUCUCGUUUCCCAGCUCAAGCACGACCACAUUGUGACGUUCGUUGGAGCCAACUGGACGUCAAACGCUUCGGACUUGGAAAUCGUGAUGGAGUACAUGGACACGGGUGACCUACGUGCGUUCCUGGCCACCCAUUCUUCAGCCACGUACUCGUGGACAGAAAAGGCGCAGGUCAUGCGAGGGAUUUUGGCUGGGUUGUGCUAUCUCCACUCGCUGCCACUCGUCCACGGCGACUUAAAGUCCAAGAACGUCCUCCUUGACAGCCGCAAAGGAACCAAGUUGACCGAUUUUGGUGAAAAACCGACUAACUUUGCUGCGCCUUCCGUCAUGUUCCAGUGGACCGCCCCCGAAGUCCUCGCGGGUCGACCAUUUGACGUUGCCGCCGAUGUGUAUUCCUUUGGCGUGAUUCUGUCGGAAUUGAGCACCCACAUGCUCCCGUACGCUGACAAGAAACUCCACGGACGGAAGACGCAGAGUCCUCAAGUCCUCAUGAGCCAAAUCGUGGCGGGAACUCUCCAGCCAACCUUUCUAGUCGACGCGAUGAUCUUUCCGUCGUGGGUGUACGACAUGGCAAUGCGAUGUCUGGCUUUAGACCCGAUUCAACGUCCCACCGCAGCGGACCUCGUAGCCUACGUCAUGUCACACCUAUGAUCGAUCGUGGUGAAGGAGUGUCGCUACCGGACCGAGUGCAGUUGAAUGAAAUCGAUUGCAUGCACA